AGGUCACCCCUCCACACUGCUCCGUCCUCCCUGACAGCUCCGCCAACUGAGCCGGUACAUGGAUACAUGAGCCGGAACAGAUAGCACCGGCACUGAACGCUUUUGUCUGCGACUUAUUUUAACACAUUUACUGUUAAAAUAUGGUGGCUGCUGCCUGAAACCGGACAGAAGAUGGCACAGAAAGACACACUGCUACAUCUGUUCGCUGGGGGAUGUAGUGGUACAGUGGGAGCCAUCGUGACCUGCCCUCUGGAGGUUUUGAAGACUCGGUUGCAGUCGUCUGGCCUUACCCUUACCCGUCCCGUCUUCCAGGUCCAGUUGGGCACCCUCAGUGGUACUGGGGUUAUUCGACCAGGGACUGUUACACCUGGUCUCCUGCAGGUCCUACGAUCAAUUCUUGAAAAAGAGGGACCAAGAUCACUUUUCCGAGGCCUGGGGCCAAAUCUUGUUGGUGUAGCCCCUUCGAGAGCCAUUUACUUUGCUGCCUACUCUAAAUCUAAAGAGAUAUUCAAUGGGUUGUUGGUUCCUAACAGUGGACUGGUGCACAUGUCCUCUGCUGGUGUGGCAGCAUUUGUUACCAACUCUCUGAUGAACCCCAUCUGGAUGGUUAAGACCAGGAUGCAGCUGGAGAAAAAGGCCAGAGGAGAGAAGAAGAUGAACGCACUGCAGUGUGCCCGCUAUGUUUACAAAACAGAGGGGAUCCGGGGCUUUUACCGGGGCCUGACUGCGUCCUACGCUGGAAUCUCGGAGACCAUGAUCUGCUUCCUCAUCUACGAGACACUGAAAAAACAGCUCGCGAAGAGCCAGUUCGCCUCCCGAAAUGGUGAAGCGGAGAAGGGAGCGUCGGACUUCCUGAGCCUGAUGAUGGCAGCUGCUUUUUCAAAGGGUUGUGCAUCGUGCAUAGCCUACCCACAUGAGGUCAUUCGGACAAGGCUGCGUGAGGAAGGCAGCAAGUACAAGUAUUUCUUCCAGACAGGGAGGUUAAUCGCUGUGGAGGAAGGCUAUGCAGCUUUUUAUAGAGGACUCAUUCCACAGCUAAUUAGACAAAUCCCCAACACGGCCAUCGUCCUCUCUACAUAUGAACUCAUUGUCCAUCUGCUGGGAGACUCAAAGUGAGGACACAUUUCAAAGUGCAGUUUGCAUGGCAAACUAUGGAGGUCACGUGGAAAUACCCAAGACACACUGGGCAAGAGACUGUUGAAAAUGGAGCACAUGAUGUUUUAAAUUUGUUGCUACAGAGACUUUUACAGUGACACUGAAGCAGGUACUGUUAUCCAAAGAGCUAAAUGCAUUAUUUUAUUGCAGGCUUUUUCAUUAGGAGAUUAUCAAGCUAACUCAAAAACUUGCUAAAACUCCAAACUUGUGAAGGAGGUCAUCAGCUUAGAGGCCUAGUGUUAAGUUAACUAAGUUAUUUUAUGUUUUGUUAUUUUAUGACAGUGUUUGUUUUCCUUUUACGUUGUCUGUGUUCAAUGCACCAACACAGGACAGUAGUUUCAUUUAGGCAAUGACGGGAAAAUGAUGAAGUACUAUUAAUAGUGCUGUUAAACCAUUUCUGUUAUACUUUCACAAAUGCUGGUUUUGAAGUUUGAAUUACAAGAGAAAUUAAUCUUAUUUUUCAUUAAUAUAUAUUAUACAAACAUCUGUAUGUUUUCUUUAUGGAAAAACAGUCACCUUUUACAAUAUAAUGAAAACUUGGAUGCUUAUUUGACCAGUGGUUCAAUAAAUCGCAUCAAGAAAACUUUGAGUU